AUGGCAGAUCGAAAAAAUCCACUGUGGCAGCACUUCACUGAGGCCACUUCAGGUAAGGCUCGGUGUAAUAUCUGCAACUCCUUAGUCAGUAUGGGGGCUGAGAAAGGAAAAAGUAAGAACACAACCAAUUUGUGGACCCACUUAAAACGACAUCACCUUGAGGCCCACAAUAACGCUCUGAAAGAAAGGGAUGAAAGAGCUGCAUCUUCGUCCGCUUCGACCUCCACACAGCCCACUGUUGCACAAUUGUUUGAUGCACAACGGAAAUGGCCAAAUUCAGACAACAGAUCCAAAAAGAUUGAUGUGGCAAUCAUGGAGAUGAUUGCCACUGACAACCAGCCCUUUACAGUUGUUGCAGAUGUCGGCUUUAAGAGGUUGGUGGCAAUGCUGGAGCCCAGAUAUUCUCUAAAAUCUGAAAAGUAUUAUCGCACUGUGCUUUUUGAAGAUGUUCACUCCAAGGUCGAAAAGAAAAUCAAGGAGUUAAUCACCCUGGACAAUGCAGGCCCUCAUUUGUCCUUUACCACCGACUGUUGGUCAGGAGAGACGGAGUCUUUGAUGAGUCUGACCUGCCAUUUCAUCGACAAAGAAUGGAAAAGGCAACAAAUUGUCCUGAACGUGAAAGCGAUGCAUGGUUCGCACACAGGGCAAUACAUAUGUGAUGUGUUCCUCGGCCUACUGAAGCACUGGGACAUUGAUCCGGAGAGAGUCGUGUUGGUCCUUCGCGAUAGUGGGGCAAACAUGGUUAAAGGAAUGAGGCUCGCUGAACUACCUGAUCUGAGCUGCAGCGCUCAUACUCUUCAGCUUGUAGUCAAUGAUGGAGUCAGCAGCCAGCGAGCUGUGGCAGACAUUGUUGCUAAAUUGAAAUCUUCGGCAACCCACUUUAACCAUUCAGUGCUGGCCAAACAGCGUUUGAGAGAGAUCCAAAAAGAGCUUGACCUCCCUCAGCACCGAAUCAUCCAGUCUGUUCCUACACGCUGGAACUCUACCCUGCAUAUGAUGGAGAGCAUGGUGGAGCAGAAGCGGGCACCGAGUGUGUACGCAGGGGAACAUGGGAAGAUAUCAGUCUUGACAGCAGAUCAAUGGACUCUUGUGGAUAAUUUGAUUGCCACACUGAGCCCACUUGAACAAGUUACACUGGAAAUAAGUAGAUCUGACUCUACAAUUUCAUGCAUCAUUCCCUGCAUCACAGUGCUGAAGAUGUUGCUGGAAACUGAAGGUCCCAAGACAAGAGGAAUCAGAACACUCCGGGACACAAUGCUGAACAGCUUGAAGGACAGAUUUGAGAAGGCAGAAAAAACAAGAUGCUUGGUCCUUGCAACAUUGCUCGACCCUCGUUACAAGGGUAAUGCCUUGGCUCCUGCCACACUGGUGAGUGCAAAGGACUGGAUUAGGGAAGAGCAUACCAAUCUGUCUGAGGCUGCAGAAGGUCAAGGCCAAGACCCAAAAAAGAGAAGGGUGGAGGAAAGAGUGGAAGAAAGAGAGGAAGAAGGAGCGGAGGAAGUCGCUGGUCCAUCUGACAUGUUAGAACAGAUGUAUGCCAACCUUCUUGGAGCACAAGGACCAGAGGAAAUUGAUGAGGAAGAAGAACUGUUCACACAGCAGCUGGAGCAGUACUUGAGAGAGCCAUUGAUCGACAGGCAGACAGGCCAGCCACUUGAAUGGUGGAAACAGAAUUCAUUGCGAUUACCCCAUCUGGCUAAACUUGCCAGAAAAUUUCUCAGCCCACCCCCAUCCUCUGUUCCCAGCGAGAGGGUUUUCAGCGAGGUCAGCCACAUCUAUGAGAAGAACAGGUCCAGACUGACAGGGGAACAUGCUGAACGCCUCUGCUUCCUCCAUUAUAAUCUACAGCUCCUAAACUGGGAUUAUUGAGAAUUUACAGUGAGGGAUGUGUGGGGUAACUAAAGGCUAACAGUCUUUCAUGCAUAUCAUGCACAAUUCUUUAUUUAUUUUUACAUUUGUUUGCAAUUGUUUGAAAU